AUGAAUUCUGAUAGGGAGCCUAUGCUCAAUGCAUCCCAGUUCGCAGAGGAUCUGGGCCCGCAACAACUCAGGUUGAUACAAGAGCUUGAGAAACCGAGCCCAGAUACGAUUCCGAAUGGACCGGUAGUUGAUGGGAUUAAGCUUGGCUUAGCUCUGAAUGAAAAGCGGCACGCCGCCAAUGUUUAUGAAAUGAUUUAUAAUGGUCGGAAGGGAGGAUUGGGUCCAGAGGAGGAAAGAACUCUGGCGAGCGGUCAUGAGUACGCGUGUUUGUGUCUUCAAAUCAAUUAUUUUCAGCAAGCAGAAGUCGUUUUGAAGGAGGUGUGGGUUCGAAGGCAAACUGUCCUGGGGGUAGCUAAUCCGCAGACCCUCCAGAGUGGCUUUCAGCUGGGGCAGAUCUUUUUCAGAACGGAACGGCACGAUGCUGCCCUGGAUAUGCAUCAAGCAGUUUACCGCCACCGGAGAGAUCUUUUCGGUGCACACUCCAUGGAGACAAUCCAGAGCGCUGAGAUCUAUGGGCAGAUCUUGAUGUGCAGAGAUUCUACAGAAGUUCAGGUCCAGGAAGGCUGGACGCUUCUACAUCAGACGCUGGAGGUCCAAAAAGACAUCUACGGAGUUACAACAGACACAGUAGUCUCGGCACUUCGUCUGGCAGCGAUCACAGCAAUCUCGGGAAGAUUCCGUCAAUCGGGGGAGUUGUUCGCUUGGCUAUAUGAAGUUGGGGUUGAUAGUGUCAGAAAACCAGGACAAUUCGGAUAUUCUCCAGCGAAGUUAGCUGUCGGGUUUGCAGCAUCGGGCAUGGCUUUUCUCGAGGGGAAUGAUUCGAAAGGCAAUCGAUUACUAGAACGAAUAGGAGAAUACAGCGCCGAUAUAUAUGGCUUGGCGAGUGCAGAGACACACUUGAUUGCGUAUCUUCAUGCAUUUAUACUGUUUUUACAAAGGCGGGGAAGAAGGUCCAAGUCAAUUCUCCGAAGAGUUUUCGAAAUGCGAAAACAACAUCUCGGCCGACGACAUCCUGGAACCAAAGCUGCAGCUAUCAUCUUAGCUAUGGGCAUAUUGUUAGACUCUCUUUUAUCAAAGACCAAGAUCAAUGAAGAGCUCGAUGAAAAUCAAUGAUUGGCUUUUGGCUUUGGACAAUCGGGAG